GCGUCUACAUAAGUACCGGCUCACGGUCAAGUGAAAUCGCGUUUUUGAGAAAUAUUUGGAUGGCCCAGCCUGGUCAGGAUGCUAAAUUCUUUCAACGUGGAAAGAUUGAGGAAUUUCGUGCAGAGCUUCAGGCAGCUGAAACGAAGGACAAGAAAUAUGUCAAGCGUAGAACGGUGUUGAAGAAGAUUGUAGCAAACAUCACUAUGGGCACCGACAUGUCUCCUCUAUUCACGGAUGUCGCUCAAUGCCUGGGAACACCUUUACUGGAGAUCAAAAAAAUGGUCUAUCUCUUUCUCGUUAGUUAUGGACGCUCGAAACCCGAUCUCAUUCACCUCGUCAUCCCAAACUUCUUACAGGACUGCAACGACCGAAACCCCCUUAUCCGCGCUCUAGCCAUUCGAACCAUGUCAUAUAUACCUAUUCCUGUGGUCACAGAUGCCCUGACCGACAAUCUCCGGCACGCAUUGAAAGAUCGCGAUCCUUAUGUUCGGAAAACAGCCGCGAUAUGUGUCGCGAAGCUUUACACUGCUGACCCACGCAGGGCUGAGAAGGAAGGUUUCGUCGAGCUGCUCCGUGACCUGAUGUUGGAUGCGAACGCAACCGUGGUCGCCAAUGCUGUCGCUGCUCUAUCUGAGAUUGGGGAUAGACAGGACGGCGUAACAUUUAGGCUAAAUUUGGCUACAGCAAAUAAGCUCUUGGUCGCAAUACCAGAUGCUUCCGAAUGGGGCCAAAUCUACAUUCUCGACUCUCUUUUACGAUAUGUCCCAGAACAACACGCCGAUGCAGAAUUGAUGGCAGAACGUAUACUCGUACAGUUGCAGCACGCAAACUCUGCUGUCGUUCUCACAACGAUCAAGGCACUCAUGUACCUGAUGAAUUACAUGGCAAAUCGUCAGCUCAUCGACCAUAUUUGUAAAAAGAUGGGACCUCCUCUAGUUACUCUUUUAGCUUCCGGACCAGAGGUGCAGUAUGUCACCUUGAGAAAUAUUCUUCUCAUCAUUCAACGCCGGCCGCAAGUCCUGAAAAACGACGUUCGCGUGUUUUUUUGCAAAUACAAUGACCCCAUCUACGUGAAACUGGCUAAAUUGGAAAUUAUGUAUAGACUCGCGCGAGCAGAAAACGCCAAAGAAGUUCUGGCGGAAUUACAAGAGUAUGCCUCUGAAGUUGACCUCGAUUUCGUUCGGAAAGCCGUGCGUUCCAUUGGACGACUGGCGAUUAAGGUCGAAGGCGCCGCAGACGACUGUAUACAGGCCCUUUUGGACUUGAUUGAGACAAAAGUUACAUACGUCGUGCAAGAAGCUGUCAUCGUCAUCAAGGAUAUCUUCAGAAGGUAUCCGGGCAAGUACGAAGGGAUUAUCCCCACCCUUUGUGAGAAUCUUGAUGCGUUAGACGAACCAGAGGCAAAAGCGUCGAUGAUUUGGAUCAUUGGACAAUUCGCCAACAUAAUAGACAAUGCAGACGAGUUGCUUGAUGUCCUCUGCUUCUCGUUUCUAGACGAGACUGUCGAGGUUCAACUUGCUUUGCUUACCGCUACAGUCAAGCUCUUUAUAUAUAAAUCCCAGUCGAGUAAAGCUAAGGAGCUGGUGCACAAGGUCCUCAAAAACGCCACGGAAGAGAUUGAUAACCCUGAUCUUCGUGACCGAGGAUUCAUGUACUGGCGAAUGCUCGCAAUCAAUCCGACUGUUGCAGGAGAGAUUGUACUUGCUGAAAAGCCUGCCAUUACCACCGAUUCCGACCGGAUGGAUCGUGGAGCUCUAGACCAAUUAUUACUUCAUACUGGGACGCUGGGUAGUAUAUAUCAUAAGAAUCCGGAGACGUUCAUUCGUGGGGCAGUCGGAAGGGCUCUGAAGGACAGCCCUGCUUUGAAUCCCCAUUCGAGGGCGGUGUUGUUAUCUUUACCCCGACCGAACCUUCCCUCGCAAGAAAUAUCUGUCCCGGGACCUGGUCCGAAAGAAUCCCAUGCACCAUCGUCAUUCCAAAAGGAAGCACCGCCAUUACCGUCGAAGACGAAUAGCACUGAUAAAGCGCCUGUGAUCCCAACUUCUCCCCUCGACAAUGGUACACCCAGCGAUGGAGAGGAAGACGAAGAUAUCCCAACAGCGACUGGAAAGAGUGCUAACGAUCCGUAUUCCAAUCUGGACGGCGCUUUUGGAGGUUACCUUGCAGAUGCACCCCAGCCCAUGACAGCUGGUAAUCACCGGGCACGGCAUGGAGACGAAGAGGAUCUACUAUUUUGA